AACUUUGAAUGUGAUGGGUAAUACUUCUGUCUAUGUCUUUACUAUGUCUGGGAUAAAUGGCACGGCAAACUACAAGGCCACACUGUUUGCUCUCUCCCUGUUGUGUUAUUUUGCAGUUUGGCUGACAAAUACGACUAUUAUUGUGACAAUUUUAGCAGAUAGAAGACUCCAUGAGCCCAUGUACAUCUUCCUCUGUAAUCUGUGCAUUAACGGACUCUAUGGAACAGCAGGAUUUUAUCCAAAAUUACUCAAAGAUCUUCUGUCUUCCACUCAUGUCAUUUCUUAUACUGGUUGUCUCCUGCAGGGGUUUGUGUUGCACUCUUCAUUAGGUGCAGAUUUGUCUCUCCUUUUGCUCAUGGCCUUUGACAGGUAUGUGGCAAUAUGUCAACCUCUGAACUACAACUCUGUGAUGACUAAAGAAAAAGUUGGCAUUUUUGUGUUUUUUGCUUGGUUCGUACCAUUUUAUUUGGUGUUAGUUGGAUCAAUAACAACAUCAUUAACAAGACUGUGUGGUUCCCAUAUACCAAGAAUAUACUGCAUUAAUUAUAUGAUUCAUAGAUUAGCCUGUACAGCCUCAAUAUCUGCUGUCAUUGUUCCUGCUGUGAACUACACUGUUUACAUACUGCAUUUCGUUGUCAUUACCUAUUCGUACGCCUGCCUAAUAAGAAACUGCCUUUUUUCUAGUGUGAAUAGAAGCAAGUUCAUGCAAACAUGUCUGCCACAUUUAUUAUGUUUGUUUAUAUUUCUGUUCAGCAUAACUCUGGAUCUCUUAUACAUAAGAUUUGGCCAAGAUGAAAUAUCACAGAAUACUAAAAACUUUAUGGCCAUUGCACAUGUUCUUAUUACUCCGCUCACCAAUCCUGUGAUUUAUGGGAUGAAACUGACAAAAGUACGGGACAGGAUUUUGAAAUAUUUGUCAUGUGAAAAAAAAACGAAUUAAUAAGGUCAUAUUUAAAUGCUACACUCUGUCAGAGAACUAACACUGAUUACAGAAUUAACACAGUCUCAACUUCAAACAUCACUGAAUUAUUUGGUCUGAGACGGAGUCUGUUAGAUUCUUUUUACACCAGUGUUUUAUUUGCUGUGUGUUUUGGCCCAAUGGUAAUAUUGAACUUUUUUUUUAGAACUUUGUGGUUAAUAUUUUGUCAUACAUUUUUAACCUUGAUUUGUCUACAUUAUCGUAUAUUUGAAUGAGCAAAUGUAUUUGUUUAAUUCUAUGUCCAGGUUUUUCACGGUAACGUUCAUUAAUGUGUAAAAAAACCUGUGUUAAUGACAAACUUCAAACUAACCCUAACUCUGUCUUGAGAAGAAUUUAUUGUCAAUCGUUUUUACUUAAUUGUAUGGCUAACAACCUUUAUAUAUGUACAACAUGUGUUCAAAAUAUCCUAUCAAUAAAAUAUACUAUAUAUUACACAUAAUAUAUUGACUACUUUUUUGUGCAAACCUAGACCUGUAUUGUAUUGUAUUGUAUAUCUUGUGUCUAUAAAAUUUAAUUGAAUUGAAUCUGCUUUUUUAAACACAAAUGAGUUAUUUUCCAAUGAUUACAAUAUAUAUCCAUCCAUCCAUCCACCCAUCCAUCCAUUUUCAUUCACUUAUCCGUUACCGGGUCGCAGGGGCAGCA